AAAAGUCCCUGUAAUCCAGACAGUGUGACAGUGAUGCACAAUACCAGGACCCUGAAACUGAUGCAGCUAAAUGGAAUAUUUCUCCCUUUGUAUCGGGGGAUGGAGCCAUGAAGACCCAUCCUGUUUGGUAGAACAGUUCUGUCCGGAGUACAACGAGUGGAGAGCAGCAGCGCGCAUGGUCAACAAUCGUGGCAAAGUGGCUGUGGGCACGCUGGGUGGCAAGAUCUACACAGUGGGUGGGGAGGAUAACAUCCGAUGUUGCAGCAGUGUAGAGAGGUACAACCCGGACACAGACAGCUGGAGUACAGAUGUAGCACCCUUGAGCAGCCCCCGCAGCGGAGUGUGCCUGGUGGCGAUGGACGGAUACCUGUACGCUAUUGGAGGACACGAUGGCAUCGCUGCCGUAAAUACUGUGGAGAGGUAUGAUCCAAAAAUGAACACAUGGAGCAAGCAGGCAGCAAUGCUGACCAGACGCACCAGAGCAGUGGCUGCUGUGCUGGAGGGUCACUUGUAUGUGAUCGGAGGGAAUGAUGGCGAGAUGGCUCUGAAAUCAGUGGAGCGAUACAACCCUGUAGACGGUACCUGGUCGAUAUGCGCCCACAUGCUGAGUCCUAGGGAGAAUGCCGGCUGCGCCGUGUACCUAGGACACAUCUACGUGGCUGGAGGCAAAGACGAGCUCAACCUGGACCUCUGCGGUACGGAGAGGUUUGACCCGGAGACCAUGAGGUGGACUCCUGUCAAACGCAUGAGGAGCAAGAGGGACAACGUGUCUCUUGUAGUGUUCAAUGGUGCCUUGAUGGCUGUGGGAGGCUCUGACGGUGUCACCAAUCUGAAGACAAUAGAAGCUUACUGUCAUGACACCAACACAUGGAGACACUUUGGAAGCAUGAAGAGCAAGCAUCCAGGAGGCAGAGUGGCUGUGCUGUGCUGAGCCUCGACAAUGCUCGUAUUACAUGAACAGGACAGAGGUGUUAGAGAGAAAUAGCCUAAUGGAUGUGCGCCAGGCUUCAUGGACACAUUGUAAUAUGGUUGAAGUAAGACUGCAUAAUGACUAAAUAAUUGAAGAGUUCACUCCAAAAUGAGACAUUGCUGCAUUACUUAAAGCUGGCAGCUGGUGUUACAAAAUGUCUACAAGCAUUACAUUAGACGACAUUAUAGGCUAUCACAUUAAAGUAAUGGCUAUUUUUAUGUCUCUAGCUCACAAAGCAGACCUCUUUUAUAGAGAUGAAUCAGCGGCAAAUAGAUUUCAGUUUGUUAAUUUUCCCUCAAAACAUUUUAGUCAAAUAUUUGGAUUUGGAUUUACCGAUUGGAUUCAGCACCAACAUAAUUGUAAUCCGAUUAAUACUGGAAAUUUAAAAUGUAUCUGUCUUGCAAUGUUAAACAUGACACAGUGAUCUGGUGUUUCACAAAAUUGUGCAUGAGUAUCACUUCAAUAAUGUAAAUAUUGUGAUUUGUGUACUGAUUAAUGACAGAGUAACAGGUAUGAGCCAAACAAGAUGGAGGUAAACAUGGGAAUAAUGCAGGUGUUUGGUUUAAGAUGAGCAGGAUUUAAGUGACAAAAUAUGCAAUCUUUGAGCAUUGAGUAUUUUUGAGUCAAUUUUAACCUUGAUGUUUUGUGCAAAGGAUGUUUUGAAGGUGAGACAGUUGGCUCCUGGAAGUGGAAUACUGGAUGUUUUAGUAAUAUGGGCUCGUAAAAUGGCAUAACGAUACAGAAUAAUGAUGUGUUUUAUAUGUUAUGAGCCUUGUUAGAAUUGCUACAUAAUUUGUUUCCCCUUUGAAAAGUAGAUGUUCAUCAUAUAAUUACAUUUUGUAUGUACACCAGCUUCUGGGAAUAUCUGUAAUACUAUCAUAUUUCUUCAAUUACCCAUUCAGCCUUGACUGUAAACAAAUUACUUAAUCAUAUUUCAUCAUUUAGCUUGUGUAAACAUGCGCCAAUAGGCAGCUGCAGAAUGGGUAACAGCAUCGGCUGGAUCAAGUUGUGGGAAAGAAAUCUGUGGGAAUCAAGAUCCUGAGUUAGAUAAACGAGUGAGUGAGAUCUGACUGUUGGCAUGGGAAAGCAUAAGUGGCUGUGUGGGCUUUGAAAUGAUGACGCUCAGAGCUCUUUCCCCUGGAGAAUAAUGGGCUGAAAUGUGGAGAGGCUGAGCACAAGGAACGCACACAGAGCGACUCGGCUUUUCCGGAGAGACACACAAGCCAGCGGUGUCUCCCACCAGUCACUGGGCGCACACAGAAUGAAUAUUUUUUUCAAUAUGAGGGGGACGAUUGUGAGGCAAAUAGCAGAGGACAGAGCUCUUGCAGGUAUGUUAACAGAAGAAUGUAGCCUAGAAAGAGAUUGUGGAUUCCUAGAAGUUGCCAAGACUUUGCAUGCACUGUGUAUAUACUCAGUCAUUGAUGUUGGAUAUUGGGAAAUUAUGAGAAAUCAAUAAAUAACUUAUCAUUUGGGGAC